CACCUCCACAUCCCUCCACUUCGUCAUCAUUCCAACUCUCCACAUCCCUCACACCACCCAACCUUCCCCUCAUGCCCGCCCCCGUCCUCAUCGUUACAGGCGCCAGCCGCGGCCUCGGCCUCGCUAUUGCCCGCACACUGCUCGCGACGCACGGCGCCAAUGUCGCUACACUUCAGCGCACCCUCACGCCGGAGCUGAAGGCUCUCGCGGCUGAAUACCCGGACCGGCUACUGACGAUCUCCGGGGAUGUCAGCAAGCCGGAGGACAACGCGCGCGCCGUCGACCAGACUGUGGCCAAGUGGGGACGUUUGACUGGCUUGGUGCUCAACGCCGGCACGCUCGACCCGAUGGGCAAGCUCACCGAGGUGCCGCUCGAUGCGCUCGUGCCGAGCGUCCAGACGAACGUGCUGUCCGCGCUGUACAUCGUGCAGCCGGCAAUCAAGCAUCUCCGCGCCGCGGCCUCUGCAGAGGACCCAGCGCGCGUCGUCCUCGUGUCCUCCGGCGCAAGUGUGGGCGCGUACCAGGCCUGGGGGAUGUACUCGAUGUCCAAGGCCGCGAUGAACAGCCUCGCGCGCACAUUCGCAGCCGAAGAGAAGGACGGGAACGUGCUCUUCCUCUCGGUCCGGCCGGGCGUGGUGGAUACCGACAUGCAGAAGCACAUCCGCAGCGUCGGGCCGGGGGUCAUGGCCCCGAACGAGAUGGCCAAGUUCACGCAGCUGCACGAGGGCGGGCACCUCCUGCCGCCUGAACAGCCGGGGAGCGUCAUUGCGGGUUGUGCCAUCGGUAUGCCGGCGUCGGUGUCGGGCGAGUAUGUCGACUGGGCGGACGAGCGGUUCGCGCAGUGGCGCCAUGUGUAGGAGAGUGGCGGAGAUGGGGAAGAUUAGAGAUAGAGAAGAAGUAGAUGGAAGAUGUAGACAUGAGAAAGACGGA